CCGGAGCCUGUACUGGAUCUCCAUGUCUGCAGCUACAGUAUACGAUGGCCGCGAAGACGUACCUGACCCGAAAGCUCGGUGCGAAUGGACCCGCCGUCAGCGCAAUAGGAUUCGGAGCCAUGGGUGUUGGCACAUACUACGGUCAGACGGACAGCGAGGAAGUGUUCAAGACCCUCACCUAUGCGGCUGAUCGUGGUGUUACCUUUUGGGACACGUCUGACGUCUACGGAUCCAGCGAGGAGACUAUCGGCAAGUGGUUCUCCACGACGGGCCGGCGUUCGGAGGUCUUCCUGGCGACCAAGUUCGGAUCGGUGGACAUAAAUCUGGUCGCGAAACAGAUAUACAAGCAGAACAGCAAGCCCGCAUACAUCCGGCAGCAACUCGAAGCCUCGCUGAAGAAGCUGCAGACGGAGUGGGUCGACUUGUACUACCAGCACCGCGUCGACCCCGAGGUCCCGAUCGAAGUUGUGAUGGAGACCUUGGGCGAGCUCGUCAAGAGCGGUAAGAUCAAGUACAUCGGGCUGAGCGAGUGCAGCAUCGACGUCUUGCGGCGGGCCAAGGCGGUGCCUUUUGCCGGCGAGAAGCUUGUCGCGUGCCAGAUGGAGUUCAGCCCGUUCGAGGUUGGCAUUGAGAAGUCCGGCUUCGUCGCUGCCGCUCGCGAGCUGGGUGUGGCCGUCGUGGCUUACUCCCCUCUUGGGAGAGGCAUGAUCACCGGCCGUUUCAAAUCGCGGGCGGAGUUCGAGCCCGCAGACAUCCGCCAGAUGAUGCCACGCUUCGCGGACGAGAACUUCCCCAAGAAUCUCGGAGUCGUCGACGAGUUCCGCGCGAUCGCGUCCAAGUACAGCGUCACGCCUGGCCAAAUCGCGCUCGCGUGGAUCCUUGCUGAGCACCCGGACUUUGUGCCGAUCCCAGGGACCCGCACGGUGGAGCGGCUCGAGGAGAACGCGAAGGCGGCUGAGAUCACGCUGAGUCUGGAGGACGUGAAGGCUCUGAGGACGGCUGUGGAGGCUGCUGACGUGCAGGGGGAGCGGUUCCCAGCGCAGUUCGCGAGCUUGAUGCAUGCGGAGUGUAUCUCGCUUGACGAGUGGAAGGGCGAGUAGUAGGUGUGCGUUGAUCGACGAUGAGAUAUGUUUCGACGGCGUUCGCCGUUUUGCAAGCCUCAGGGAAGCUAGUGCGUUGCGCACACCAUGUGAAACAUGGACACACUUCCAUCGCCUGCCGGGCCGCUAGUAGUCAUAAGGCGCCAGGCUCCUGACCCUCAAGCUGUACGUUGCCACCAUCUGUCUGAAACACAGUGGAAUACACUCGAUCGCUUUGGAAACUGUUAGUACUCCAGCUCCUUU